AUGGCUUCCCGAACAGUGACGGAAGCGUACUUUGAUCACUCUACCGCCAAACGAGUGAACACGGAUAGUAUAAUUGUGCAGGCAUUGCGACAAGAAUACCCGAACCUUGAGCUAGUGAUAGCACCGGAGGGCUCCAGCAACUUGCUCGCUUACGCGUCCGCCGGACAUGCGAGUUUUAGCGUCAUCGAAGAUGGCGGCAACCUUCCGCCGGUAGUGAGCUGGAAAGUGUACAUCCCGUCAGCACGACGCAUGGAUGGCGGAAACGGUAUAUUGGCGGAUCGCAUUGUAUUCGGCAAGUUCCUAUACAAGUGGAAUGACUCCGAGUUCAUUGUCUAUCGGAUUGAGGGCAGGGAUGGAUCUGGCUCUUACCCCUCAGUCAACAAUUACUAUAUCCUCACCACCGAUAUUCCUAAAGCCGAUGCCUUGUGUGUUGCUGCCGGUCAAUGGAGUAGUGAACUUCACGACGAAAUCUGGGUCUUCGAUGGCGGCUACUGGCAGAAGAACGCUGCUUUGUACCAGAGUGUGAUGGGUUCAUCUUGGGACUCCGUGAUAUUGGAUGAGGAGAUGAAGCAAGCCAUCAUCAACGAUCAUCUGUCGUUCUUCAACUCGCAAGAGACGUAUAAGAAUUUGAAGGUCCCGUGGAAGAGAGGUAUCAUCUAUUAUGGACCUCCUGGAAACGGAAAGACGAUUUCCAUUAAGGCUAUGAUGCGCACACUCUACAGCCGAAAAGAUCCCAUUCCUACUCUAUACGUCCGCUCGUUGACCUCUUAUACCGGACCAGAAUCUUCGAUUAAGCAAAUAUUUAUCAAGGCCAGGCAAUUUGCCCCCUGCUAUUUGGUGUUUGAGGACCUCGACACGAUCGUCUCUGAUAACGUACGGAGCUACUUUCUAAAUGAGGUAGAUGGAUUGAAGAGCAAUGAUGGCAUCUUCAUGAUUGGCAGCACGAAUCAUCUCGAUCGCUUAGAUCCAGGUAUUUCGAAACGUCCGUCUCGAUUUGACCGGAAGUACCUCUUUCCAGACCCAGAUCUGGACCAGCGCAUAGCUUACUGCAAGUUCUGGCAGUCCAAGCUCGCUAACAAUAAGGAGAUCGAAUUCCCCGACAAGCUCUGCAGCGCUAUUGCCAGCAUCACGGAUAAGUUUAGCUUCGCUUACAUGCAGGAGGCUUUCGUCGCCGCCUUGCUGGCCAUCGCGAGGACGGGGGAGGGGAUCGACCCCAAUUAUGAACUUCCACUUACUCAAGAGAUGAACGACGGGUGGGUUGGGGUGCUUGGCGGUGAUGAUGAUUUGGACGGUCUUGUCUUAUGGAAAGAGAUCAAGAAGCAGGUUGCGAUUCUCCGAGAAAGCAUGGAAGAACAGCAGUGA